AUGUGCAUCAGCUCUAUUUUUAAUAAACGAGGCAUGUAAAUGGCAACAUUUUACUAUUAUGCUACCUAUUCAUUUUGUUAUCUGUACUAACUGUUCCAAUUUGAUCACUUACUUCGUUAAGUUGACAAAUUGGAUUUUUAGUCGACCAGUCGCGAUCAACCACUUUGCCAAACGAUAAACUCAGUACCCAUGGGACUUCAAUUUGAUAUCGAUUCGUUCAAUCCGUGGUCAGUGACAGAGGAUCGAGACGAAGAGUCAGUGACCAAUAAAAUGAGAAAGGGAACGAGCUUAGAUCCGCCGCACUACGAUAGUAGAACCAUAUUCUCUGUCUUUAGUAACGGUGCGACUAACAAGAGAGUAGUCGACAUGGAUCAGAUCUGGAAAGAUGCAAACAGCGCAAACGCAACACUGCCAGUUGUUGAGCCUACAGAUGGGAUGGGAAGUGAACCAAAUAAGAAGAAGUUGCAGAGAAUCAAAAACUCGCACUCCAGGCACAUACGACCAUCCACCAACACCAAGGUAGUUCUCCAACAACAAAUUGAGAAACACAAAGAAUCCUUCGCCGCAAUCAAGCGAGCCAACUCACAUCCCAGCCUCCAAACAGCUCACGAUCUGCAAGCAUCCAAGAACCACCAUAUGAAACACAGUGUGAGUAACUUCAGUACUCCCAUCUCUUAUCACGGGUUCCUGGCAGCCGAGAUGAAGAGGUCCUCCUGGGACAGGGAAGCUUCACUUAGUCCCCCGUCUGCUGAUCCCAAUAUUGCUAUUUUAAAGGAGAUCUAUCAGAUCAGAUAAGUGGACUUUAAGUUUAAGGAGCAGUCGAGUUUACAAAUCAAACGGAUCCCGUAGUUAUUUAUGCCACCGUAAUCCACACCAAAUUGAACGGAAGUGACGGACGUGACGGAUGAGAUAAUAUAUAUGAUUCGAACAGUAACGGGAGAGUUUUUACCGAGAGUAGCGAGCCGGCCGCAGAGAGUGACCAAUAAUUUACGGUUUGUUCAUUAAAUUUUCUACGAUUCAGUGUAUUCAGACUUUGGAGAAGGAACUAAACUGUUUUGUAAAGGAUUACGGAUUUUAUCUGGAAAAGAAUGGGUCAUUCUACCAUGUUAUGUUCCAUACGACAUUACUUACGAAAAAGUUGUAUAUUGCGCCAUGAUGACCAUAUUCUUUACUUGCUGCUGAUUACAUUCAUACUUGUCGCAAUGCUAUUUAUAAAUAAGAAAUUAAACAACCAUAUCAAGGUAAUGCCAACAGUCAGCAAACGCAUAAUCAAAGAAUAUUUACAUUAAUAUUAAAAUAAAUCAGUUAAAAUAUAAUUCAAAUCAACAAAAUGUGUUAAGUAUUCCCCAAGAUUGAUGACUGGGUAAAAGAUAAUUUUAUUGUUUUCAGUUAAAUUGUCAGUAUAAGAUAUACUGAGUGAUGUUAUUCACUCAAUAUUUCAUAAUUCGA